AUGACUGUAAGCAACAGCAAUGGACAUACGUCCGGCCGCCGGACUCUGCCGUGUGGUAUCUAUGCCCCGACCAUGACCUUUUUCGACCCAGAGACAGAGGAGCUUGAUAUCCCUAUCAUCAAGAAGCACGCGGUGCGACUAAUCAAAGACGGGCUAGUUGGUCUUGUGACCAUGGGAUCCAACGGCGAAGCGGCCCACUGCACACGUGAAGAAAAGAUGGCAGUAACACGUGCUACCAGAGAGGCCCUCGACGACGCUGGUUUUCAGGCGACACCGAUUAUCGUUGGCGCCACCGAGGGCAGUGUGAAAGGAACCAUUGAACUCUGCAAGGAGUCAGAGAAGGCUGGAGGGGACUACGUUUUACUGCUUCCCCCAAGCUAUUUCCGCGCCCACAUGGAUGAGGAAGCAGUCGAGGGUUAUUUCAAUGCUGUGGCGGAUGGCAGUCCCCUGCCUCUUGUGCUGUACAACUACCCCGGCGCUGUAUCUGGCAUCGACAUGGACUCGGAUCUGCUCAUCCGCCUUGCGAAACACCCCAACAUCAUCGGCACCAAGUUCACUUGCGGAAACACAGGCAAGCUGACACGUGUUGCACUCGCCACCAACGCAAAGACGCCCGCCUCCGAAGGCAGUGACUACAUGGCAUUCGGUGGCAUGUGCGACUUCACUGUACAAACACUGGUAUCAGGAGGAAGUGGCAUCAUUGCUGGCGGUGCCAACGUUAUGCCCAAGGUCUGCGCCAAAGUAUGGAACCUGUAUGCCGAAGGGAAGACCGAGGAGGCCAUCGCCCUGCAAAAGGUCCUGUCUAAGGGCGACUGGCCGCUGACAAAGGCUGCCAUUGCCGGCACCAAGCAAGCCAUCCAGACCUACUUCGGCUACGGUGGACACCCACGUCGGCCGCUCAAACGUCUUGAGAAGGCCAAGAUUGCGACCAUUGCCGAGGGGAUUCGGGAGGUCAUGGAAGUCGAGAAGUCUUUGUAG